GUUGUGAGCUCACUGACAGCUGAUUCACUGAGAAAGUGAAUCUGCUUCAAACUGCUAACCUGAGCUCCUGAGUUCACACCCUCAGUUCUUUUCGGGUAAGACCUUUGUUCACGACUCUCUCGCGCUGGGUUUGUUGUUGUGUGCAGCAAACUCAUCCCAACAGAACGGGUGAAAAGCGGCGCGAGACACACUGGUUGUGCGUGCUCUAAAGAUGUAUUCAUUGACUCACAAGAUGAUAUCUGACGAAACCGCAUAUGAACGCACACAACCCAACUGUCGUCAGUAGUGACUAGAUUUUAAAUGAUUGUCACAAUCAAUUAUUUAGUCGCAUUUUGGAGCCCUGCAUGGUAUAUCAAAGUACCAUGUACUAUGAUUGAUGUUCAUCUGAUACAAUCACAGUAAUGUGGAACCACCACAGUACUUUUUUGUAAUGGAUACUGUUGAUACACUUCUAAUGGUCAGUAAUAUGGGUCACUAAUGGGGCUUUUCCACUGCACGGUACAGCUCAACUCGACUCUGCUCGCUUUUUGGGGGUUUCCACUGUGGAUUAUUCCUGGUACCUGAUACUUUUUUUAGUACCACCUCGGUCGAGGUUCCAAGCGAUCCGAGCUGAUACUAAAUGUGAUGUCAAAACCCUGCAGAUCACCGAUUGGUCAGAGAGAAUCACUACCAGCAUCACUGGAUUUGCAACACAGGACAUCAACCUGCUAGUUUUAAAAUUAGCAACAGCAACAGCAGUAUCAUUUGUUCACGCGACUUUCGAAUCAUAAAAAGACAUGACUGUGCGCAAAACCACGGCGUGGUCAAUAAACGAGGUGCAGACGUUCCUCUCGUUAGCGACGAAUGACACGAAACGAAAAAGUCUUUCAGUAAGUGUCUCAGCUGUUGGCCGCACACGGCUACCACCGGACCUACCAACAGUGUAGGGAAAAGUAAAAAAAAUUUAAAAGUGACUACAGAACCAUCAAGGACCACAACAACCGGAGUGGUUCAAACAGAAGAAAGUGGAAGUGGUUCGACCAAAUGGACGCUAUCUAUGGCAAUAGACCAGCGAGCAAUGGUAGGGAGAGUGCCCUGGACUUGGCAUUGUUGGAGUCCACGAUGGAGGAUGGUACGUUUUGUUACGUUAACUCUAUAUUCUAAUUGAAAGCUUCACUUUAUUUAAUUGACCAGCUACUGUAAAGCUUGCUUCUAAAACAAGCAGGCAAAUUUAACUGUUACACUUGUGUAAAAUCACCAUGCAACAACUGCUUUAUGCAGCACAAUGAGCUAGUAGCUAACAGAUAGCGGUCGUGUUAUUGUUUAUGGUCAGUAAUGUUUGUGUCGCGUUUAAGAUGAUGUCACGGCAGUAGAGGCGGCGCAACUAUGACGAUCAGCCUAUAAUCCCACCCACGUUGAGGCGGCAUUAAACUGCAGUGGAAAAGCAAGCUCAGAAAAGUAAAGCGAGCAGAGUCGAAUCGAACCGUAACGUGCAGUGGAAAAGUGCCAUAACACUGGACAGUUGCUUUGACUGCACUCCUACGCUAUUGUCAUUGCAUCAUUAAACAAGGCACUUUACCUCAUGGAACUGCCAAUGCAGUUGGUGCACUGACAGUUGCUUUAACAUGAAAAUAAACUGCUAAAUGACUGAGUUUGUGGAUGCAUAGAUCAGGAUGCCAUUGGUAAACAAAACUCUAAGGAAGUAUUUCUGUGAGCGUUCAGCUGUUCUUGUCAGGUUGUGAAGCGAAGGGUUCUUGUGAGACUGAAACACUUUUUUUAUGUCUUUUACAGCUGUUCCCUUUCAAAUAGGCCAGUCUUGUGUAGAUCUUGAACAGAAUGGACUGUGGUCCUUUUGAAAACACAGCCCUGUUUGAGAACACUAAUAGUAGGGGUGGGUAAAAAUAUAGAUUUUCUGUUGCAUUGCGAUCUUCAUUUGAACGGUCUCGAUAUCAAUUCUUAAAUCCCAAGGUCGAUCUUUUACUCUAUGCGCAACCCUCCACUACAAUGAGAGGAAAUCACUUGCAUUAUAUAUAUAAACUCAGCAAAAAAAGAAAUGUCCUCUCACUUUCAACUUCUUUUAUUUUCAGCAAACUUAACAUGUGUAAAUAUUGUAUGAACAUAAAAAGUUUCAACAACUAAGACAUAAACUGAACAAGUUUCACAGACAUGUGACUAACAGAAAUGGAAUAAUGGGGGAGGUCAAAAUCAAAAGUAACAGUCAGUAUCUGGUGUGGCCACCAGCUGCAUUAAGUACUGCAGUGCAUUUCCUCCUCAUGGACUGCACCAGAUUUACCAGUUCUUGCUGUGAGAUGUUACCCCACACUUCCACCAAGGCACUUGCAAGUUCCUGGACAUUUCUGGGGGAAUGGCCCUAGCCCUAGCCCUCACCCUCCUAUCCAACGACGUGCUCAAUUGAGAUCCGGGCUCUUCGCUGGCCAUGGCAGAACACUGACAUUCCUAUCUUGCAGGAAAUCACGCACAAACCAAGCAGAAUGGCUGGUGGCAUUGUCAUGCUGGAAGGUCAUGUCAGGAUGAGCCUGCAGGAAGGGUACCACAUGAGGGAGGAUGAUGUCUUCCCUGUAAUGCACAGCGUUGAGAUUGCCUGCAAUAACAACAAGUUCAGUCUGAUGAUGUUGUGUGACACCGCCCCAGACCAUGACAGACCCUCCACCUCCAAAUCGAUCCCGCUCCAGAGUACAGGCCUCGGUGUAAUGCUCAUCCCUUCGUCGAUAAACACAUGUCCGACCAUCACCCCUGGUGAGACAAAACCGCGACUCAUCAGUGAAGAGCACUUUUUGCCAGUCCUGUCUGGUCCAGUGAAGGUGGGUUUGUGCCCAUAGGCGACAUUGUUUCCGGUGAUGUCUGGUAAGGACCUGCCUUACAACAGGCCUACAAGCCCUCAGUCCAGCCUCUCUCAGCCUAUUGCGGACAGUCUGAGCACUGAUGGAGGGACUGUGUGUUCCUGGAGUAUCUCGGGCAUUUAUUGUUGCCAUUCUGUACCUGUCCCGCAGGUGUGAUAUUCGGAUGUACCGAUCCUGUGCAGGUGUUAUUACACAUGGUCUUCCACUGCAAGGACGAUCAGCUGUCAUUCUUGUCUCCCUGUAGCGCUGUCUUAGGUGUCUCACAGUACGGACAUUGCAAUUUAUUGCCCUGGCCACAUCUGCAGUCCUCAUGCCUCCAUGCAGCAUGCCUAAGACUCGUAUGCAGAGCCUGCAGCCUGAACCGGCCGCUCGCUACCGUAAUGUGAUGGACGCUCUGCGGCGCAUCGUGAGGACCGAGGGCAUCUGGAGGCCAAUGAGAGGCCUGAAUGUUACCGCUGUAGUGGCAGGUCCAGCCCAUGCACUUUACUUUGCUUGCUACGAGAGGUUGAAAAAAGUCCUCAGUGAUGUCAUCCAUCCAGGAGCAAACAGUCAUUUGGCGAACGGUACCAGCUUUUUCAGCCCAUCAGCAAAGCUUAAUCCUCUCACAGGCGCACACACAAUUCAUUUGCAUACUUCUUAGAGUGUUGGAAUGGUAGUUCAAAACAUUAAUGAGUUUCUACAGAGGACAAUCAGCAGUCAUGUGGUAUUAAGCUGAGAUUGGAGAAUCUUGUGAUCUUUAUUUUUUAUCUUUUGAAAAGGAUUUGAAAAAAAAACUUAAUUGGUUUGGGAGUGUCAAAAGUUACUAAAAUUUAGCAAUAGUUAAAUAGUGUGGCCAUCUAGUUAUAUGUCAGUAGUUAUUUCUGUUAAAUUAUUUGUAAGAUAUUUUUAUCUUUGAAAAGAGAUAGUUUGAAUAGACUGCUACUGUGUUUUUAAAACUAAUAAAAAAUUAGAGAUGCACAGAUGUUGAAAUUCUGCUAGUGAAAAAAGUACACUUUGAAUGUAAGAAAUGUCUUAUUUUAAUAGAAGUGGGACUUCUGGGAUAUUGAUUAGAUAUUCCUUGAAUAUCUCCUGUUAAAGAGUAGUACUUUAUAAAUUAUUGAUGGACUUCUUAACAGUAGUUUUUUUGAUAUUUUAGGUAAUAUACAAGAGAGUUGUGUGGUGUAAAGAGUCAAGUGCACAAUCACGCAGUAUUAGGUGUAAUUUGUUCUUGCACAUGUCAGAUCAUGCUUGUAAUGAGUAGUUCGGGUUAGACUGAACUCAACACCGAAGAGCUCAUGGUGAAAGUGAUGAUUGGUGUUGCUUUGCAGUGUCUCUUUUCUUUCUCUUUUCUCCAGGUCAAGGUGAGAAUGGGGGCUGCUGGUUGUGUUGCCACAUUGCUUCACGAUGCUGCCAUGAAUCCUGCUGAAGUGGUGAAGCAGAGGAUGCAGAUGUACAACUCGCCCUACCGUGGCGUUCUGGACUGUGUACGCUGUGUGUGGCAGCGGGAGGGGGCGUUGGCCUUUUAUCGCAGUUACACCACACAGCUUACCAUGAACGUGCCAUUCCAGGCACUGCACUUCAUGACCUAUGAAUACCUGCAAGAGCUGCUCAACCCCCAAAGACAAUACAACCCCUCCUCCCAUAUGGUGUCUGGCGCUUUGGCAGGGGCCAUCGCCGCCGCCACGACCACACCACUGGACGUUUGUAAGACGCUGCUGAACACGCAGGAGUCUCUGGCACUUAACUCUGUCAGCCAGAGCGGAAGACAAAUCUCGGGUCUUGGCCAUGCCUUCCGGACUGUCUACAGGCUUGGCGGCCUGCCUGCUUACUUCAAAGGCGUGCAGGCUAGGGUCAUAUACCAGAUGCCCUCCACUGCCAUCAGCUGGUCCGUCUAUGAGUUCUUCAAGUAUGUUAUUACCAAACACCAGCACGAGAAGCGCAGGACCCAGAGGGACGGAGAGAAGUAGCUGCCCAUGAACAGGCAGCAGCUGGGCUGACCUUGGUUUCUCUCUCGCCUCCGUUGCUCACAGAACCACGACACAAGCGUUCAAGCUGCAAAAGGACUGAUUACUGUUUUACUAUAUAAUGAUACGCACAUAUAGAGUCCAAACGCUCCUUUCAGUGAGCAUUUAAAAAGCUAGAUCACCUAAAAAUCAUUUACUCACCCUCAUGUUGUUCUAAAUCCUUAUGGGACACAAAAGGACGUGUUAGCCUCAGUCACCAUUCACUUUCAUUGUAUGGAAGAUAGAUGCAAUAAAAGUGACUGAUGCUGACAUCCUGCCUAGCAUCUCCUUUUGUGGUCUACAGAAAAAGGAAAGUAACAUGGGUUUGGAAUGACAUGAGGGUGAGUGGAUUAUAACAGAUAUUGUAUUUUUGGGUGAACUAUUCCUUUAAUAAAACUGAAAUUUCCAUGUGUAAUUCAGCUAAUAAUCAUGACCCAAGUUCUCACUGUGACAGCUGAGAUUUUUGUUCAUCCUCAAAGACGAAAAGUACUUUGCACUCUCUUUAUCAAUCAGCCCAAAAUACACGUUUGUGAUUCUUUAAAUCCCACAAGGUGGCAUCAGAGGCCUCACCAGAUUUGAGUGAAGUGAACAUACUGUUUAAGGAGGGGGAGGUCCCUUAAAUAUGUGGGUUGGAGUUUAAAACCUCUAAACUUACAGAAUCCCUCCAUUUAUUUUCAAGUCAUAUGCAGAAGAGCAAACCAGACUUUUUUUUUUUUUUUUUUAAUUGCCAGCCAAAAUACAUACAAGACAUAGUAACACUAUACAAUAAGUUUCUAUACAUUAACAUAAAGUAAUCCAUCAUGAACUAACAAUGAACAAUUUUUUUAUUUUUAUUUUUUUACAUCAUAAAAUUAACUAUUAAUCUUGGUUCAUUUUAAUUUGUAAGUAAACCAUUGUUAAUUGUUAGUUUGUUAUUCCAUAAUGUAUGAACUAAUGUUAACAUUAACAUAUUUAUAAGUUAACAUUAAUGAAGAUGAAUAAAUCUGGAAAAUAAUUAUUCAUUGUUAGUUUAAUUGUUGUGUUAGCUAAUGUUAAGGCAUACAACCUUAUUAUAAAGUGUUACCAAAGACAUUUCUGUACAUUCAUUAGAAAUCGGGAUUUUAAACAACAUUAAAAUUAUUACAGCAUGUAGACCUGUACAGUAAUUUAUUGCCAUCUCUGGCUGAAUAGCACUCAGAGAUAUGAAAGAUAUCUACAAUAGAGGUAUUUUUGUAGUUUUUGAUGAUGGCAUUUUGUCAGCACUGAUGGAAAAUAAUCCUGCAUUUAAUCAAAUCUGUUAAUCCCAAAGCCCCUCCACAACUGCUAGAAUUAGUCUUGAGGUCUCGUAGAGUCUCUAAUGGGAUGGCACAUCGAUCCAGAUAACCGUUUUGGAAGUACACUCAGUUCUUUAUGGCAAAUAUUAGUUCCCAUAGUGUUAUCCAGUAAACAAUGCCUUAGACAUGUAGUUCAAAUGACCUGACUGUCGUUUAAAUCAGAUUCCCUGUUUUCUGUUUCAUACACGGAGGUCCUAUUAAGAGAUGUAAUUAAAUGAAUGUAAUUUUGUUUGAAACAUUUCUUGAUUGACACUGGGAUGUAUUUUGGUUUGCUCUUGACUAGUCUGAAAUUGAGCUCUACUGUAUAAGAGUUUCGCUGAAACGCACCUGGCAGUUGAACAUAUGUGGAAUCGGUCAGAAUUCUGACUGCCCUAUUCAGUUUUGUUCUUCAGCUGUCAAUAAAUUAGCAGUGCAGGGAAUUCCCUUGCUUGCAUAAGCUGA